AUGGCCCCUACAGCUAUUACGCACCCCGAGUCCACAGCUGUACCAACUAAAGUGGCCCAGGAGCCACAAAACUACUCGGUAAUUGUUCAACAACUAACAGAUGUCGCUCGUGAUGUCAUGAAUCAAGCUAUCGACCUGCUCAAAAACACAUUAACGGACGACAAACAACUCACGUAUCAGUCAGAGUACAUCCCAGGUUCAACUAUCGCACCUCCGACACGCACGCGAUCACUAUGUCCUACUUUCCAAGGCAAGUUGGUGUCUGGUGAUGUCGCGGCAGCUCUCAAUUCGUUCGUUGGACAGGCAGUUGCGGACGUCACUGUAGCCGAGUCGUCAAACGGCCAAGCUCCAGCCGCGGCGUUGUCGUACGACGCUAGGAUCCGUGAUACUCCUAUGGAGACGUCGAUAAACGCAGGCAUACAGGCGUUUGAAGAAGCUAUCAAACAGCUGGACGAUAUAGCCAAAUAUGCUCCCGAAGACCUGCCCAUUGUCCUUACAGCCGAUACAGGCCCAUACCAGCAAGUGCUGAAUACGACCUAUGGACGAGAGCUCUGGUUUGGUUCGCUCCAUGCCAUUCACCACUGGUCAUGGUUCGCGUGA